UUAAACGCUGCAUCGCCCCUGUUCGCCAUUUUGGAUUGGAGUUGGGGGAGUCGACCUUUGCACUAAUUGUCAGAAAUCUGCCUCCAUCCGUCCCAGCAAAAUUCACAAGAACAAACCCAUCUUACUAAAAUACAGAACCCAUAAGGACGGGCCGAGGGAGCGGACCGUUCCCUGGGUGCAGUGCAGCAAAGUGCUCAAUGACUUCUCCUCGUCAGCAUGUCCACGGUUCCGGGGCUACCUUCAAAGGGGGAGAAAGGAAAGCAAAAGUAUCUGGCAUUGGACAUAAAUAGUAUCUACAAGGGCAAAAGUUUAGAGAACCCCAAAACCUCCGCGGCCCCCAAACAUGGCUUGCAGUCAUUGGGGAAAGUUGGUGCGGGGAGGCGCAUGCCACCUCCUGUCAAUCUCCCAAGUCUAAAGAGCGAGAACAGUGGUAACAACCCUAAUAUCAGCCUAGUGCCCACCGGAGGUCAAGGAUGGGGGAGUGCUGGAAAAGAGAAGGGAAAGUCACCCGAAGAAAACAGCAGUGGCCCACAGCAGCAGUCACAACACUCACAAUCACCUACUUCGCACUCACAAGGACCACCGGUGACAAAGCAGCCGCCACCACAGCAACAGCAGCAGCAGCAGCUGCCGCAGCAACAGCAGCCACAGCAGCCACAAGCACAGCAGCAGCAGCAACAGCCAAGCGGUGGAGCAGGGGCAGGGCCAGGUGGCGGUGUGGGCGGCGGCGUUGGCGUCAAGACGUGGAGCAGCGUGACAUCCAGCCAAGAGGAUGGUGGUCCCGAACGCAACUUCUUGGGCCAUCAGUCGCCAUUUUUUCCUCAGGAAUUCCCCAAGCUAGCUGGUGGCGAUGUGCCCACCGACGGGACUCCGAGGCCGGCCACAGACGCGCAGUACGGGCCCGGCCCCAGCCUCAGGCCGCAGAUGGAGGGGAACUGGAGCAGAGGGACCUUGCAACAGCAGCAGCAACAGGCUGGCCAGGGGCAGAUGCAGGGGGGGAUGGGUCCCCAGGGGUGCGGCCCUCCCGGCGGCCUGCCUCCGAGCAGUGGCAGUGGCGUGAACGGACAGGCUUCCUUUGUGGGGCCCCAGAGGGGGGGACCCUCCCAGGGGGCUCCCUCCUCUGGGGGCCCUGCCUCACAAGCACAGCCCCCGUAUAGCAGGAUGGGGCCACCCUUUGUACAGGCUUAUGGACGUGGAUUUCCUGGAAACUACCCAGCAAAUAUUUCGGGCAUGCCCUCGGGAGCUCGCCCGCCCUACUCCUACUCGGACGGCAGGGUGCGAACCAUGAGGAACCAGCCCGAGGACGACGCCUACCAGAGGCCCGCCAUCAUCAGCGAGAAGGACCUCGAGGGAUUUGAUGAGAUACUCCAGAACGACUCUCAGGAUGGCUGGGCUGUCGCCAAGGGAGAGAUUGACUACAAUGCCAAACUGGUGUUUCGAGACGAGGAGGAGCCUUCGGGGCGUCCGUCCCUGCCGGGACCCCCACAGGGCAAGGCGGAGGAGCGUGGCAGCCCCAAGCUGCCCCCCUCGUCCAAGGGGGAUGUUCGGGGCCUUCCCCAGGGGAACAAGGCAUCCCAGGCCCUGAGGGGUCGAGAGGCCGCCUGGGACUCUGCACCCACACAGCAGCAGCAGCAGCGCUCCCGUGAACCUCCGCAGUCCUACCUGGACAGGGAGGAGCGUCGUAAAGGCUGGAGCAACUCUGGUGGCUCUGAGCUGCAGCAGCAACAACAUCCACAGCAACAGCAGCAUCACCAACAGCAGCAGCAGCAGCAACAACAAGCGCAUCAACAGCAGCAGCAACCACAUCAACAACAGCAGCAUCAGCAGCACCAACAACAGCCGCAGCAGCACCAGCAACCUCAGCAGUCGCAGCAGCACCAACACCAGCCGCAGGCGCAAAGUCAGCCGCAGCAGCAGCCACCCCAGCAGGUUCAGCAGGGAGUGCGCCAGUGGCAGGCUCAGCAGGUGCAGCAGCAGCAGCAGGCUCAGCAGCAGGCUCAGCAGCAGCAGUCCCAGCAGCAGCCUCCCCCUCCCUCUCGGGGGGGCAGUGCGCCCCUGGAGUACCUGAGCCGGGGGGGCCAGCAGGCGGCACCGCCCGCCGCGCCAGCCCUCAUGGCGACGGGAUUCUCCAGUCAUGCUAGGGUGGGUCCCCCGCCACCCAUGCAGCAGCCCCACCACGGGACGUUUGGGGGCCAGCCCCCUCCGGUGGGGGGGCGAGGGGGAGCGCCCCCGGGGUCUCGUCCCCUGGAGCUGGCUGGGGAUGAGGAGGAGCUGUGGCGGCAGCGGCGGCAGCAGCAGAACGAUGAGAUGGCCGUCACAGUGGAGCGCACCAGGCAGAGGCGCGAGGAGGAGGAGAAGCGCUACGAGCAGAUCAAGCAGUCGUCUGGGGCAGCAACCGCCGCCACCACACAGCAGCAGCAGCAGCAGGGUGAGAAGGGAGGGGCAUCCCCCGUUGCCCCCGUGGCCAUGGGCCAGCAGGAGAAGGAGGAGCUGGAGGAGCGCUCCCGGCACAGCAGCGAAAGCCGGGACGAGCCCCCCCGGGGGGGAGCCCCCCUGCCGCCCCUUCCCUCCUCCCGCCUGGAUCGCAUGGACUUCAGGCAGCCCCAGCAACAGCAGCAGCAACAGGCCCCACCCGCAGGCGGCGGAUACCAGCCCAACUACCAGCGCCCGUUUCACAAGAACGUGCCCCCGCGCUUCCUCAAGAAGGCGGAGAUGCAGCGGCAGCAGCAGAUCCAGCAGCAGCAGCUGCGCCAACAGCAGCAGGGCGGGGCCGGGGCCCAGGCCCCGUCGAGCCUCCCUCCCGGCGGGGGCGGCAUGGUGGGGGUGAACUUCGACCCCCGUUGGGCGGCCAUGGGGGGCCCUGCGGCCUACCUGAGCCAGCUGGGUAUGGGCCCCCAGCUGAAGGGGGCCGCCGUUGCCGAGGUGGCCCCUUACCCCCCGGAGGCCGGGGAGCGCCCUUAUGAGGCGAGGGGGGAGGGUGCCCCACGGCCCCCCUCCAUGGAGUGCUGGGCGUCGUCGAGACCCCUCGGGGACCGGCCCCCUCCUCCUCCGCAGGCGGCGCCCCUCGCUCCGCCCCACGUGCCCCCCGGAGGACCGUACGACACAUGGCGGCCUUCAGUACCCCCCGUGUACUACGAGCAAGUGCCAGAGUUCGGUAGAGGCUCCGGCGGUUACGACCAGCGGCUGGACUUUGCUGCGAAAAGACCCGAGAAGGAGGAGAUCCCUUUUGACAAUCGUUCCCGCGGGGAUUCCUUUAGGAAGGAGAGAGAAUUUGAAGAGAAGCAGCAGCGCGACAAGCGCGAGAGCAGGGAUGUCAUGGGUGCCUGGACUAACAGCAGAGACUACGACCAGCGGGUCGGGAGGGACAAGUGGGAACGGGAGAGUCGGCCUUCUAGGCCCGAUAGCAGGGAUAGCCGCACCAGCAGAGACUCCCUCAGGGACGAGAGGGCCAUGCCUCCCACGGAGCAGCAGCGGCCAGAGGCCCCUCCUGCCGGUCCCCCCCCGGAGCCCCACCGGAACGUGGGCGGGGAGCGCCCCAAGGAGAAGCCCCAGGUGCCGGACUGGUCGGAGUCACCUUACCCCGCAGCAGAGACCGGCAAGCGGCGGGACUGGCACACGCACCACCCGCCCCCCGUGACGCAGCAGCAGCUGGAUAGUGCGGGGCCUGGCAAGAAGAACUUUGUGCCCCUGCGCCGGGGGGCUCCCAAAGAGGGUCCCCGGGGAGAGGAGGGCCCCAAGGAGGAGGGGAAGGGUACCGAGGGGGCCAAGGCGGUGGGGGAGGACCACCAGAGACCCGAGGAAAGCAAAGAGGCAGCCAAGAAGGAGGAGAGCGACAAAAGGGGAGGAACUUCACGCUCUCGUGGGAGCAGGUUCGAGUCCGGCCGGGGCAGAGGUGGCCAGCGGGGAGGCGGCGGAGCCUACGGGGGAGGGAACGGCAGCGGAGGGAGUGUGGGCUACCGGGGCCGCAGCCGCGAAUACCGACGCAGCCGCACGGAGCGGGGGCCCCGCUUUGACCGCAAGAAGGAGGACGGCAGUGAGGAGAGCUCGGAGGAGGAGAAGCCGCCCCGGCCCAAGGAGGACGAAGGCUCGGAUGAGGUAGGCCCGGACGUGGGGCCAGACGCUGCCAGGAAGCCCGGCGGACCCCGAGGGGGCCCGGCCAAGGAGACCCGUGGCCGGGAGCCCUCCCGCAGGGAUGAGGCGAAGAAGGAGGAGAAGAGUGCCUUCUCCCCCCGCGGGGAGCCCUCUCGCAGGGGCCGAGGGGGAAUGUCCUUUGGCCGCAGCUCCAGGGGGCGCUACCCUGUGGGAGGGGGCUACGGACCCCCCACCAUGAAGGCCCCCUUCGGCAAGCCGGAGGAGGACGGCAAGGAAGAAGAAAGCCCCAAGGACGGUCCGAGCGGGUGCAAGCCGCGCUCGACGAGCCGCCCCGUGGUGCGGCGUCCCAAUCGCAUGGAGCCCCUCCCGCCCCGCUUCCAGAAGCACCAGGCCCCGCGCAGGCAGGAGGGGGCCAAGGGAGGCGGCAGGGGUGCCAAGGAGGCCCUCUCGGACGUGGGCAAUGAGGACUGGGAGACUGCCUCGGAGAGCAGCGAUGUGGCCGACCGCAGGGGCCCCAACGAGGAGGGCACCCGCCCCCCCAAGAAGUCUGGGGGCGCUCAGCCGCCCGCCCCGAGCAAGCCCCCGGGGACGGGACAGGAGAGGCCAGCCAGGAGGCCCGGCGGGGAGCCCCGGAGAGGCGGAGGAGGUGGAGGGGAGCGCAACGGCCGGGCCCCCCCUGUCCAGCGUAGAGAGCCUGGCUUGCACCAGCAGCCGCGCCUCGGAGGGGGUGGUGGGGGCAGGGGACGUCAGGCCGGGGGAGGGGGUGGCCGGGCCAGGCAGCAGCCGCCCCGGUCGGGGGACGCCGGGGGAUCCAGCCCCCGGGGGGACCCUGCUACCCUGGUCUAUCGUGUGGACGAGGUGAAGCUGCAGGAUCCUGGCAACGUGCAGGCAGCCCUCAGCGACCUCGGCUCCCGCAAGCACCUGAAGAAGACCGAUCCCCUCCAGCAGAAUGGCAGACUAGAGAAAGAGAAGCCCAACGCCCUGGAAGGCAUUGACCUGAGCAACUACGCCGGGGUGGUGGUCAUCGACGACAACCCGGCCGUGACCGACCACUCGUUUGGAGAUGGCGACGACGGCGACUUCCAGGAGGUUACCUCCAAAAAGCGCCACCGCCUCCUCGCAGACGGGGACACCAAGAAAUUGAGGAAGGAGACCGCACGCAACAAGACAGUGGUGCACGGCCGGCAGAACAAGCUCCCGCCGCGCCUAAUCAAGAAGCGAGAGUCUGAUCGGCUCUUUUCGACCAAGGCGGAUGUCCCGCCCCAGAAGGUGGAUGGCGGAGCGGUGCUCGGGUCCGACGCUUCGGUAGAGGUGGCCAAUGGUCCCAAGAGCCAGACUCAUCCUGCUUUCACUGUCAAAGAACCUGUGGCGGCGGUGUCUCGUCCUCCACCCAAUGCAUGGGACAAGCCCAUCACGCACGCCCUCAGGGGGAUCCCCGCAAGCGCCCCCUCGGCCCCCGGAGUGCCAGUGGCGGGGGCGCCGCCCGCCCCGGCCGAGGUGCUGGUUUCCUCCAAGUCGAGCAGCUUUGACCGGGGCAGCGACCAGCACGACAGUGGCAUCGACGUAAGCGACCAGCCGCCAUCGGCGGCCUCGUCGCAGCGCUCCUCGCCCAGCAAUGACGGCAAGGUGCUCCUGCCCAAGCCCGUGGCCCCGCAGCAGACCCAGGGGCCGCCCUCCCAGGGGGCAUCGGCUACAGCCUCCGUCGGUCCGCCCAUGACGGUGGGCCUAGACUCUGGCAAGCCAAUGGGCACAGUCAUUUUUGAGAACAAAAACUUCAAGGCUGAGAAUGCAGCUCUCGACAAGUUUGAGAUUCAAACCAAGACCCAAGUGGAACCAAUUGCCGCCAAUGGACCUGUGCUGACACCGGUGGGAUCCAAGGAUUGCAAAGAGCCCUUAGAAUCUGGAAAGCCCAAGCUGCAGAUGGCUGGUGAAGACACGGCCGACAUGAAGCUGGACUUCACCUUUGGCCCCGAGCUGGCCCAGUUUGGCGAGGACAAGUCUGCGAAGCACAUGGCCGUCCCGCGGUCCCUGUCGAGCGAGAUUGGCGCGGUCGGCUCUCCCAUGUCGCCCUCCACGGACGAGCUGAACCUCAAGAUCGCCUCCGUGAAGAAGGUGUGGGAGACUGUGGGUCCCCUGAGCACGGUUGUGGAGCACGGUGCAGCCUCGGCAGAAGAGGUGGGGCCUGCUCCUGGCACGGGUACCGGCGCCGCUUUCGGCACAUUCGGGAGCGGCCCCCAGUCUUCGGAGGGCUCCUUUGCCGCCUCUGGCGGGCUCCAAGACGGGGCCACCCAGCAGGGGCAGCAGGAGGGGGCUGCGCAGGGAGUGGGGCCCCCCGGAGAGCCUGCCUACACCCCUGCGUCCCAGCUGAAGCAGGUGGCCUCCUCCUCUGCCCUGUCUCACCACCACAGCGUGCCAGUGGUGUCGGCUGCACCCCUGCAGUCACAUCUCCAGCAUCAGCAACAUCAGCAGCAUCAUCAUCACCAUCACCACCAGCAGCAGCAACAGUUGCAUCAACAGCAUCAACAUCAUCAACAGCAUCAACAUCAGCAGCAACAGCUUCAACAGCAGCAGCAGCAGCAGCAACAACACCAUCAGCAGCAGCAGCACCAGCAACACCAUCAGCAGCAGCAGGUGCUGAUGCGCCAGGCCCACCAGAGCCACUCUAUGCUGGACCAGUCGGGGGGCCUGCACAAGGUGAAGUCGGGCAUGCAGCACACCCUGAGCCCACCUCCCGCGGGAGCGCCCUCCUCGUCUUCGCUGGCGGGGGUGGACGUGCGCGCCAUGAACCUGCAGGUGGCAGGGAUGCCCCAGGCGGUGCCCAGCCCUCCCACCGCUGCCCUCCUGUUCAGCGGGGCACAGCAGAUGCCCCAGCCCACGGCGGGGCUGUACCAGACGCUGUUGCCGGACCCGGUGUCCAGGCCAGUGGCCCAGUUCUCUCAGGGGGCCCACGGUUAUCCACCCAUGGCCUCUUAUCAGAGCUUCGGCCAAGGAGGCGUGUUUGUGCCGCCGCCGGCCCACCCGGCCCACCCGGCCCACUCGGCUCAGGACCUGUUCGCGGCCGGAGCCGCCCUUCGGCUUCAGCCCACCUACCAGACGCAACACGUUCCCACCAGCCAGGUGAUGAGCCAGCAGGGACUGCAGACGCAGCAGCUGCUGAGCUCCCAAGUGGGGAGGGGCGGGGGCCACCUGGGCACCUCGUACUACGGCGGCCCCACCCAGGGGGGCUACUACCAGGCCUCUCAGCAGCAACCCCUGGCCUCGGUCUUCGGCUCCCAGUCGCUGACCGCCUUCCGCAACUUCCACCCAACUUUCAAGUCGCUUGACCUGACGGCUGCCGCCGGGGCCGGAGGGGCCCAGCCCUCAGGGCAGGAGUUCUGCCCAUCACCCGUCCCCCCACAGGCAGGCAAGAUGCCCUCGGUGACGUCGGGGUCGGCGCAGCAGAAGGCGAUGCAGGCCCACUUUGCGGUGGCCUUUGGCCAGCAGCAGGGGGCGUCUGCGGGGGUGAGGCCCAUGCACGUGGUGCAGCUGCCCUCCGGGGUGGUGCGGGGGCCCCACCCGAGCGCCCCGGCUCCCAAGUACCCGGCGCCCAUCCAGAGGCCCCAGCAGCAGCAGGCGGCACCUGCCAUGGCACCCCUCAUGCAGCAGGUGCCCCAGCAGAGGGGGCUGCCGCCGACCUCCCUCCGCAGCCAGCCACACCCCCGACAGCUGCCCACGAGCGACCAGCAGGCAAAGCAGCGGGCUGAGGCGGUGAAGCAGGCGCAACUCUUCUUUGCCCAGUCCAAGCCCAGCCCCACGUGCGGAGGCAACCCCGCCGAGGAAGGCAAGGGGCCGUCGCCGCCCCCCGUGCACGGGAGCAACAGCGGCGCGACCGCGGCAUCUGCGGUGGACUCGAAAGACGAGGACAAGAAGCCCGCCCCAGCCAAAGAGGCGCCCCUGGAGGAGUGAGCGCUCCUCAAGAUCUCCCCUCUCCCCGUUGCCGUUCCGCUCUCUGAGUCGCGUAUCUCUGUUACGCCACCGGCACUGUUAGGACCGUCGCCGCCUUCGGGCCCGCCGCUUUAAACCUGCUGCUGCUCCUUGCGAGGCCCGGCCCGGUGGUGACGUGCUCUUUGAGAGGGAAAGGGUUUGUGCACGCACGCCUUCUUGUCUCCCGAGAACACGGGGUGACGUGCGAGUGGACUCUCGUCUCCGUGCCUCCCCCUCUCGCAGAGCCUCCUCCUUCCUCGGCCGAAUAAAGGUGGCUCUCGGUUUUACUUUUCCCGCCCUAGUUUUUCUUUUUUUUAAAUACUUUUCUCUUUGGGUGUGGUGGUACUCCUGGGAACGCAAUACGGAAUCUGAAACGGCUUCGGAGACGUGAACAGGAAGGUUUCUUUCCUUUCGUGCUGGUGCGCAUGCACAUGCUGCCGUUAACUUGCGCCUCCCCCUUCCCAUCAUGUGCGUUGUGUUCGGAAAAGGGUAAAGGAAAUACUUGGUGCGGCGAGCUUCGGAAAAUCUAUAUAUAUAUAUAUAUAUACAUACGUCUGUAUAACGAGUGUAUACACCUUACCUGUACUCUAGCCAAUUUAAUGUUGAUUGUUCUCACGGGCAGGAGGCACUCUUGCUGUGUCUGAUCUUUUGUGGGGGAGGGAGGACCAGCCUGUACCACUAGUUUAAUUUCAUUCCCCUCUUGUUCGGGAGGUCCCUUGCAUUGGCACGCCCCGGCGGAAGCAUUUCACCUCCCUCGUGUGGUACGAGUGUGCGUUUCGGGCCGGACGUGUUUCUACCCAGUUGAACUUUGACCACAUUUUUCGGUGGUUGUCCGACAGGUGCAGACAAACUCUUCCUCCCCUCUUUUUUUCCCUCCCGUGUGUGUGCGGCAACGAAGCUGGCGCUCGCCGGCUGCCUUGCCUUUCUUCAUUAAUCGUAAGUUUAUACUUGCUGCUUGUGUGGCUUUGCGGCAUACUCUGCUCUUAAUUUAUCUACAAACGGAGGAGGCAUGUCCUCUAUGUUUCAGUCUGGACAGAAAAGCAACUUGUAGAAGAUAAGUUGUUCCCCCUUGCCCAGUCAUUGCAUCCUUUUUUUUUUUUUUUUGGCGAGCUGUACAAAAUUUUGCAGGAGGAAAGGAGGGGGUGCAGCAUUGGUAAGGCACCUUCUGCUUCGGUAGAGCAGCGAGGGCCAGCCGGCUUUGUUGAUGGCGUUUGUGCACACACUUCCUGCAAAUGCUUCUGUGCAUUGCAAUUGAGGCUUGAUUCUGUCACUAGAACUGUAGGGGGGUGGGGACGUGUACAUUAUUGGGGUGCUGUGGCUCGUUGCUUCGGUAAAGCUGAGCUGCAUUGGCAAAUCUGUGAAAUAAAUGUUUGUACAAAAACAGUGAUGGUUGCCAGUGAGCAAAACUGCUCCAAGGUGUCUUGGGGACAGAGUUGCCAUAUGGAUGUGGAAAUGUCUGUGUGAACCCGGGGAGGGAGACAACCUCUGCUUGGACUCGUUUUCUUUUGUAGUGUCAGAUUUCAGCUCUUGAUUCUGUCACUUAGGUAUUGUGCCGCUGCAUUUAAGUUUUGUCUUUGUAUCACCCCGUGGAAGGCUGGGUAGUUGUGUGUAGGCGCUGGAAGCCACGAUUCAUUCUAGGAUCUGUGUGGCUAUCGUCUUCCCCUCCCCCCCGUUUCUCCCGACCGGACCGAAGUGGGUCCUUUGCCGGAGCGUAGGAGGAACUGCCGUGUCCUCCCACGCAUUUUUGCUGCCUGGAUUCUUUUCUAACGAAAGUGUGAUGGGCACUUGUAAUUGUAUGAGGAGAGUUGCUGUAUGUAGUUUUCUUGCAAUAAAGCACUAAGGAUUA